AUGUCGGACAGUAACCCGAUGAAAAUGGACCUCGCUAACGAUCCGACGGGCACAAGAAGGCAAGAUGCGCCGCAGGUGGAUCGAUCAGAUAUCCCAGACGAUUUGCGGAAGAAAAUUUGCGGAACCUCUACAGACUGCGUGGUUGACGACGUGAAUCUAUGGACCAAGCAUAAUGGAGAAGACUUUUAUGCACUAAUCCUCAUUCUAGUUGCAUCUUUGCCAUCGAACGGACACACAGUCUCCAGGAUGGUCAGUCUUAGUAAUUUUCUAUGGAUAUGCACUGUUUUCACCGUUUCGACUGCAUCACAAAUGCAUUUCAACUGCACAACUGCUCGUCAGAAAGUCUGUGAAAUAACGAACAUAAUUAUAACUGAGUAUACCGAUGUUUCGGAAUGGGAUUUCCCAGAUAAUCCUGAUAUUGCGUUUGGGAGUCACCCUCUGCCAGACGAAUCAACUAUCAUAACAAUGAUUACGAGAGAAGUGUCGGAAAAACUAACUAAUGCUCAGAACAUCGAGAUGCAAAACGUUUCACUGAUGUCAUUCUUCCUCUGGGAACACCUUAUCAGUCUCGAUGUAUCUUACAAUUAUCUCUCGGAACUAAUUGUUGAUCCAACAGCGAUGUACAACUUGAAAUCUCUCAACAUGAAGCAUAAUCGUCUUCAGAGCAUCGACUUUCUGAAAGGCCUCUACAAAUUACGAGAUCUGGACCUCAGCAACAACUAUCUGGAGAAAAUCGACUUAUCGAUACUGGACCCAGCGAAAGACUUGGCCACCCUGAAGCUCUCCAAUAACCGUAUCCGAACGAUUACAACGUCCUUUGGAGAUAUGCUGCAUUUGCCACGACUGACGGUGCUAAUGUUAGACCAUAACCAACUUACCAUCCUGGACGCCAGUCGGUGGCAGUUUAACGUACUUCAGGACUUCUUCCUUUCGAGUAACCGCCUAUCCUAUAUAAGCAUGUGUGAAAUCCAGAAUUCGUUCCCACGAUUGCAGUCGCUCUACUUGGAUGGUAACAACUGGGAGUGCUCUCAUCUGAACAGCACCGUAGCCCAGCUUCACGAGUUGGGUGUGAAGUUGGUUAAUCACAAUUCUCACACCUGCAUGGAGGCCAUCGAUGGAAUUUGUUGCUCUUAAUCAUGAUCAAUCCUCACGUAUCAAAACUAUAGUAAGCUUAAAAGUAAGUUCCAACAGCUUAUUUCUCGUUCAAACAAAACCUGUCUAAUAUAAUUUGUCAAAGCCAACGGAAUCCCAAAUAAAGAAGUUAAUAUACGGCGCCGUGCUUCAGUCUUUAUUCGACUAAUUAUGAACUUCCUUGCUGCUUGGAUUGUCUGCUCCGUCUUAUCUCACCUGCUUAAUCGCAUUACUUAGCGUCACAUACCGUGCCAAUUUGGUGCAAUAAAAGGAAUGGAAUGCUGUUUUGUGCGACAAAAAAAGGGAUUG